AUGUCUGGAGCAACACCAACGCUAAUACCACGAGAGCCCAUAUUUCCCCUCCUGCUCGCAAAACCGCCACAGCCACAUGUAAUGCCCCUCUCCAAACGACGCGUCUACGGCCACUUGAACCAAGUUCGCGAUCUUCAGCGAGAGAUGGACGAUCUCAGCGACGAAGAGAACGAGCUCGAAGACCUCACCACCGCUGUCGGCAAGCGUGGUUUUACUUUCCUCAUCCCCAUUGGCAGGUCCCUCACGCAGCAAGAGGAGAAGAACGAUGAGGAUUCGGAUGACUCGUCUCAAGCAAGCGGUGCCGCGCCCACUAUCCAAGAAGACGAUGGCGAGAACGAGUCUACUCAAGACCUCGACGCAAGCAUGGAAGACCUCGAUGAAGAGGGCGCUGCUGGCUCUGGAGAUGAUGAAGAAACGGACGAUGAAAAUGAGGAGUACGAGGAGGAGCCGUCGGACUUCAUGUGA